AUAUUUAAUAAUGCAAAAGUGAAGAAGGUGAGAGGAAACAGCGGAGAGAUAGUCAGAGAGGUGUAGUAGUAGCUGUGUUAUCUCUAUGAACAGUUCGUUGGAUGAAGAACACAAAGUGAAAGUUGCUGUCUUUUAAACCAGGAUUUGGUAAAUUCCCAUUGUUUCAUGGGCAAUUCUUGCCGUGGAUCUUUCAAGGACAAAAUCUGCGAGGGCAAUAACAAUAACCCUGAAGAUUACUCUAAAACCUCUACCAAUUCCGAUCACUCUCCCAACGCUGCAGACAUCAUUGCUCAAGAAUUCUCCAAAGAAGCUGCUCACAAGAAAGACGACAAUAACAACAGCCAAAAUCCAGCUCUUGUUAUUCCUUUAGGAGAACCAAUCAUGAGGCGUAACCCAGACAAUCAAGCUUACUAUGUUCUUGGUCAUAAGACACCAAACAUUCGUGAUAUCUAUACCCUUAGCCGUAAGCUAGGACAAGGUCAAUUUGGAACGACUUAUCUAUGUACAGAGAUUGCCUCUGGCGUUGACUACGCUUGUAAGUCAAUAUCCAAGAGGAAGUUGAUCUCUAAAGAAGAUGUUGAGGAUGUUAGAAGGGAGAUUCAGAUAAUGCAUCAUUUGGCUGGUCACGGUAACAUCGUGACGAUUAAAGGAGCUUAUGAGGACUCUUUGUAUGUUCACAUUGUUAUGGAGCUUUGUGCUGGAGGUGAAUUGUUUGAUAGGAUUAUUCAGAGGGGGCAUUAUAGUGAAAGGAAAGCUGCUGAGCUGACUAAGAUCAUUGUCGGGGUUGUUGAAGCGUGUCAUUCGCUUGGUGUUAUGCAUAGAGACUUGAAGCCUGAGAAUUUCUUGUUGGUUAAUAAGGAUGAUGAUUUCUCUCUCAAGGCUAUUGAUUUUGGGCUAUCUGUCUUUUUCAAACCAGGUCAAAUAUUCACUGAUGUUGUUGGAAGUCCAUAUUAUGUUGCUCCUGAGGUUUUGCUCAAACGUUAUGGGCCUGAAGCUGAUGUGUGGACUGCUGGUGUUAUACUGUAUAUAUUGCUAAGUGGAGUCCCGCCUUUCUGGGCAGAAACACAGCAAGGGAUAUUUGAUGCUGUGUUGAAAGGAUAUAUCGACUUUGAGUCAGACCCGUGGCCUGUGAUAUCCGACAGUGCGAAAGACUUGAUCCGCAGAAUGUUAUCCUCCAAGCCUGCAGAACGUUUGACCGCUCAUGAAGUCUUGCGUCAUCCAUGGAUCUGUGAGAAUGGUGUUGCACCAGAUAGAGCACUUGAUCCAGCUGUUCUGUCUCGUCUCAAGCAGUUCUCUGCAAUGAAUAAACUAAAGAAGAUGGCUUUGAAGGUUAUAGCUGAGAGCCUCUCGGAAGAAGAAAUUGCUGGCUUAAGAGAAAUGUUUCAGGCAAUGGAUACUGAUAACAGCGGUGCAAUCACAUUUGAUGAACUCAAAGCUGGGCUGAGAAAGUAUGGAUCUACCUUGAAAGACACAGAGAUCCAUGAUCUAAUGGAAGCGGCUGAUGUGGACAACAGUGGGACAAUAGAUUACAGCGAGUUCAUUGCAGCGACGAUCCAUCUCAACAAACUGGAGCGGGAAGAACAUCUUGUUGCAGCGUUUCAAUACUUUGACAAAGACGGAAGCGGUUUCAUAACAAUCGAUGAGCUACAACAAGCGUGUGUUGAACAUGGCAUGGCUGAUGUUUUCCUUGAGGACAUCAUCAAGGAAGUCGAUCAAAACAAUGAUGGAAAGAUUGAUUAUGGUGAGUUUGUGGAGAUGAUGCAAAAGGGAAAUGCUGGUGUUGGAAGAAGAACGAUGAGAAAUAGUCUAAACAUUAGCAUGAGAGACGCGUAGAGGUUGUUUUCCCUGGUGUUUAAUCUGCUUGUGCGAUUGUGACUGCGAAAAUGUUCUUAUUCAUGGAAUCAACAAUCUCAAUGCUC